AUGUUCGGCCCCGUCAGUCCCCCGGCCGCCAGCUACGCCGAGCACUGCUGCCUGCGCCCGCCCCAUGGGCCGACCCCGGGUGCCGUGGGACCACCAGGACUUGAUUUCCCCCUAUGCCAUCAGUCAAACCUCAUGAGCAGUCACCGUGGUUAUGGGUUGGUGCCAGCAACCGAGCACCCAGGCAGUGGUGAUGGCUCACGGUUCUCAACGCCCCGUGGUGCAGGCAAACUGGGCAAGAAGCGGGCACUGUCCAUCUCACCCCUGUCAGACUCUAGCAUUGACCUGCAGACGGUAAUCCGCACCUCACCCAACUCCCUCGUUGCGUUCAUCAACUCCCGCUGCGGCUCCUAUGGCCACCUCUCCAUCAGCACCAUCAGUCCGUCACUGGAGUACCAGAGUCCACCGGGUCAGCAGAAGGGCCAAGGCCACCUGUACAGCCACACCCCUGCCCCUCCUCCAUGUAGCUCCCAUGAACACCUGUCCACCUGCCCAGGGCUCCUGCACCACGCCCCAGAUCAUGGGACCCUCAAACACUGCCAGCAGCUAAAGUUGGAGUGGAGCCUGAGGAGCCCUCUGACUGUCAAAUAUCCAGAGGAGAGAUCCGAGGGCAACAUCUCCAGUCCAGCUUCCACAGGCACCCAGGACCCCUUGCUGGGGAUGCUCGAUGUUCGGGAAGAUCUGGAGAAGGAGGAUGGGAAACCUGAGUCUGAGACUGUGUACGAAACCAAUUGCUACUGGGAUGGCUGCGCCAAGGAGUUCGAUACGCAGGAGCAGCUGGUGCAUCACAUCAACAAUGAGCAUAUCCAUGGGGAGAAGAAGGAGUUCGUAUGCCACUGGGCAGCAUGUUCCCGGGAGCAGAGGCCCUUCAAGGCUCAGUACAUGUUGGUGGUGCACAUGCGACGUCACACAGGCGAGAAACCUCACAAAUGCACGUUCGAGGGCUGUAACAAAGCCUACUCACGCCUGGAGAACCUCAAGACGCAUCUGCGCUCGCACACGGGUGAAAAGCCCUACGUGUGUGAACACGAGGGCUGCAACAAGGCCUUCUCCAAUGCUUCUGACCGGGCCAAGCACCAAAACCGCACUCACUCCAACGAGAAGCCCUACGUGUGCAAGAUCCCCGGCUGCACCAAGCGCUACACGGACCCCAGCUCCCUGCGCAAGCACGUGAAGACGGUGCACGGCCCUGAUGCCCACGUCACCAAGAGGCACCGAGGGGACAUGCCAGGCCGUGCCCUGCCCACCCCCAGUGGCCCCCCAGACACGAAGCAGGAGAAGGACACAAAUGGCCCUAGUGAGGCCCGGAAGGACGACAGCAAACUCAUGGUGCCCGACUUGGCCUUGAAGCCACAGCCCAGCCCGGGUGGGCAGUCGUCAUGCAGCAGCGACCGUUCCCCGCUUGGUGGCACCACCAACAAUGACAGCGGGGUAGAGAUGGCGGGCAACGCGGGUGGGAGCUACGAGGACCUGACCGCGUUGGAGGACGUGGUGCCCGGUGAGCCCAUGGGCACCUCGGGGCUCACAGCCCUCCGCAAGCUGGAAAAUCUUCGCAUUGACAAACUGAAGCAGAUGAGGAAGCCAUCAGCCACCAAGGGCCCGAAUUUGCCAGCCAUCCCUGGAGUCGGCCUGCCUGGGGAGGUGCCUGGGAUCUCUGUGCUGCCGCCAGCUGCCUCGCACCGUCGCUCCGCAGCGCUGUUGGCAGCAGGGAUGGGCAUGCCGCCGAGCGAGCGCCGAAGCAGCACCACCAGCAGGGUCAGCUCAGCCUACACCGGUGGCCACAGCAGCUUCCCUGGGGACUACCUGGGGCCGGCCGAACCCUGCGCUCUUACAAACGGUUUGCUGCGAAGGCACAGCUCCAAUGACUGCCCUGGCUACGCGGGCAGCGUUCCCCCUCACCUGGUGCCUCGGAACAGCGUGCGGCGGGCCAGCGACCCUGCCCGACCCGUGGCCAACCCUCGUGCUGUGCCCAGGGUGCAUCGCUUUAAGAGCGUGGGCAAUGUAAAUGUGCCAGGAGCGGGCAGAACUCCUCUGCAGCCCUUGGGUGGUUCUGAUGCCAACCUUCAGUGCCAUGUCUUCUCCCCACGUCCACCCAGCAUUGGUGAAAAUGUCUUCCUGGAGAGUGCUCCUGUCAGUUACAUGGGCGUGCUGAGCCCGGGCGCGCGGAGAGCCCAGACAUCCCCUGUACAGACCAAAGAGGUGAUGGUCCGUAGCUAUGUGCAGGCCCAGCAGGCUCUGAUGUGGGGAGGCCAACUGGCCUCCCAGGGAGGGGAGGCUGGCACGGGGCCCGGCAGCGAGCCAGGGCAGUGCCAAGCCAUGCAGGCACCACUGCAUCUCAGCCCCAAGUACUCUGGUUACCAAGUGAAGCCAGAUCACCUGCAGGGUCUGGCAGAGACCCAGCACCUCCUAAACGCCCCGUGCUUCAGCCCAGAGAUGGUGCCGCACCCCCCCGGUGGCCUUAAGCCACCCGGUCACCAGAACAGUCUGAACUACGUGGGCAGCCUGGCUCAGCCGAGCGGUUCCUAUGAGGGAGCUGCAGCCAACCCCCGGCAUGUGCUUCGUGUACCCCCUGCCUGCUCCGCGCCCGAGGGGCCCCGCAGUGCUCUGCUGUGUUACUCGGGCCAGGGCGCACACGUGCAGGUUGGCAAAGGGGGGCACAAGCUGCUGGGCCAAACGGUGGCGAGCUGUGGGGCUCCUCAGCAUUGUGGUGGGAGCUUGGAAGGGCUCAAAGGCGGCUCCUGUUACUACCUGGGUUCAGGGGAGCAAGUGGCCAACAGCUUGGACUCGCUGGACCUGGAGAAUACGCACCUUGACUUUGCUGCCAUUGUGGAGGAUCCAGAGACACCCGCACUGCUGCCUGGGCCCCCUAGCCCUGCCAGCGGCCUUCUGCUUCCUGGAUUGGGUGGUGCCAACAUGGCUGUGGGUGACAUGAGCUCCAUGCUGAGCAGUCUGGCAGGGGAGAGCCAUUUCCUCAACUCCCUGUCCUAA